CUGCCCCUGAGGCUGUUUUCUGGUACCGGUGUGGGGGCAGGGUCAACGUGCUCGCACUCUAGCAGCCUUCGAUUUAUGUCAGUGUCCGAAUUAAAAUAGAGAAAAAGUGUCGGCUUUUAACCAAUAAUGAUAUACACAGAAUGUCACAAGCAAAGCUCCCAAGCACGGCCAUCCGUUAGUGAGUCCCAAGAGUCUUCCAGGCCCCCUCAUAUCGUUGGUCAAGGUGACAGCAACAUCUGAGAAACAGUUACAAUGGAGAACUGGAACCCAUGACUGAUUCUCACCCAGCCCAGCCCAGAGAUCACCCCGAGCCCCUACCUCAGUGACUGAUAACACAAGAGAGACUAGGGAGCUUGGAAACCUUUCUCCAAGAAUGAAGCUCUGGGGACAGAUACUUGGGACCCUUCUGUCUGGUUCCCGAGGAAGGAAGGGAGCCCCCCAGGCCUGGGCCUUCAAGUCAUGGAAGACUUAUUCAUCUCCAGCUGGGCCAUUGAGUGCCACAGGGAUGGUUAAUCACUGGACACGGGUCUUUGAGGAAAGGGGUAUCCCAGAGGCCCGGGAAUCCAGUGAGUACAUCGUGGCUCAUGUCCUUGGAGCCAAAACAUUUCAGAGCCUGAGACCAGCACUUUGGACCAAGCCACUGACCCCUCGACAAUUGGAGUGCAUCCAUGAGCUAUGUAGCCAUAGAUUACAGAGGAUGCCGGUGCAGUAUAUCCUUGGGGAGUGGGACUUUCAGGGGCUCAGUCUGAAGAUGGUACCCCCAGUGUUCAUUCCUCGGCCAGAGACAGAAGAACUGGUUGAAUGGGUUUUAGAGGAAGUGGCCCAGAGGCCCCAUGCAGUGAGAACCCAAGAUGGUCCUCUCAUUCUGGAGGUGGGCUGUGGAUCAGGGGCCAUUGCUCUCAGCCUGCUGAGCCAGCUCCCCAAGAGUCAGGUCAUUGCUGUGGAUAAGGAAGAAGCUGCUGUUACUCUGACCCAUGAGAAUGCUCAGAGGCUUCGGCUGCAGGACAGGAUCCGGAUCAUCUGCCUUGAUGUAACCUCAGAGGGGUGCUGCACAGACCUUUGGCCCUGGGGCCCCGUGGACUUGGUGGUCAGCAACCCUCCCUACAUCUUCCACAAGGACAUGGAACAGCUGGCCCCGGAGAUCCGCAGUUACGAAGAUCUGGUGGCCCUGGAUGGUGGUGACGAAGGCAUGGACAUCAUCACCCACAUCUUGACCUUGGCACCCCGGCUCUUGAAUGCCUCUGGAAGCAUCUUCUUAGAAGUGGACCCAAGACACCCAGAGCUUGUCAGCAGUUGGCUUCAAGGCCAUCCUGACCUGCACCUUAGUCUUGUGGGUGUCCGUGAAGACUUCUGCGGGAGGCCCCGGUUCCUGCAUGUCCAGAAGUCUGCACCAUAGUGUGGCUGCUCUAUAUCACCUGGCCAAGAUUCUAGCCUGCUGGACGCCUGGCUCCCCCUGUGUGGAGUGCUGCCCAGGAGCAGGCGAAGAGCACUUUCCUGAGCCCCUCGCACGGCCAUGGUUCUGUGACUCCCCAUGAUGGAUGUUUCUAGGAGACUCGAAAACAUGGAUGGAGUGUUCUUCCUGGGGCAGCAAAGACCAGAGACCCCAGAGCUGGGUUUCCAGCCUGGCUCUGUCCCCUCUGUAGCAGGCUACUUGGUUUUCCUCUUGGUGAAAUUGCCGUGAAGAUGUUGGGAAGGGUGGCCAGUAAAGGUUUGAGAAAGCAAAAA